AUUUAACCAAGACCAGUGCGUCAUAGUCUCUCUUUCCCUCUAGCACCCCGAAAGAGAGGACCAACCGGCUGAGGCUGGGGAUAUAAAGAACCGCAAUCAUGGUGAAUUUUACAGUAGACCAGAUCCGUGCGAUCAUGGACAAGAAGUCCAACAUCAGGAACAUGUCUGUGAUCGCCCACGUGGACCAUGGGAAGUCCACUCUCACAGACUCCCUGGUGUGCAAGGCUGGCAUCAUCGCCGGCGCCCGGGCUGGCGAGACGCGUUUCACAGACACCAGGAAAGACGAGCAGGAGAGGUGCAUCACCAUCAAGUCAACAGCCAUCUCUCUGUACUAUGAACUGGCUGAGAAUGACUUGGCCUUCAUCAAACAGUGCAAGGAUGGCUCUGGCUUCCUCAUUAACCUCAUAGACUCUCCUGGUCACGUGGACUUCUCCUCUGAGGUGACAGCUGCUCUCCGCGUCACUGACGGGGCACUAGUUGUAGUAGACUGCGUCUCAGGUGUGUGUGUUCAGACUGAGACCGUGCUGCGACAGGCCAUCGCGGAACGGAUAAAGCCUGUUCUGAUGAUGAACAAGAUGGACCGGGCGUUGCUGGAGCUGCAGCUGAAACCCGACGCACUUUUUGCCACCUUCCAGCGCAUCGUAGAGAACGUCAACGUCAUCAUCGCCACCUACGGAGAGGACGAGGGCGGACCCAUGGGCAGCAUCAUGGUGGACCCAAUGGUGGGCACAGUGGGUUUUGGCUCGGGCCUCCACGGCUGGGCCUUCACUCUGAAGCAGUUUGCUGAGAUGUACGUGGCCAAGUUCACAGCCAAGGGAGACCAAAAAACAGAGAUGAACCCAGAGGAGCGCUGCAAGAAGGUGGAGGACAUGAUGAAGAAACUGUGGGGAGAAAAGUUCUUCGACCCUUCAUGUGGCAAGUUCAGCAAAUCAGCCACCAACGCUGCGGGGGAAAAGCUCCCACGUACAUUCUGCCAACUCGUCCUGGAUCCCAUCUUUAAGCCCAUCCAGAGGACCAUUCUGAUGAUGGGGCGCUACACAGAGCCCAUUGAGGAUGUGCCCUGCGGCAACAUCGUGGGUCUGGUGGGAGUGGACCAGUUCCUGGUGAAGACCGGGACCAUCUCCACCUACGAGCACGCCCACAACCUGAGGGUGAUGAAGUUYAGCGUCAGYCCCGUGGUCAGGGUGGCGGUGGAGUGCAAGAACCCUGCUGACCUGCCCAAGCUGGUGGAGGGACUCAAACGCCUGGCCAAGUCUGACCCCAUGGUCCAGUGCAUCAUUGAGGAGUCUGGAGAACACAUCGUAGCUGGAGCUGGGGAGCUGCAUCUGGAGAUCUGCCUGAAGGAUCUGGAGGAGGACCACGCUGGUAUCCCCUUAAAGAAAUCUGACCCUGUGGUGUCUUACCGUGAGACCGUGGCCGAGGAUUCAGACCAGGUCUGCCUGUCCAAGUCCCCUAACAAACACAACCGUCUGUACAUGAAGGCCCGGCCCUUCCAGGAUGGUCUGGCGGAGGAUAUCGAUAAGGGGGACGUGAGCUCCAGACAGGAACUGAAGACCAGGGCUCGCUACCUGACUGAGAAGUACGAGUGGGAGGUUACAGAGGCCCGCAAGAUCUGGUGUUUCGGCCCCGACGGGACGGGACCCAACAUCCUGACGGACGUCACCAAGGGAGUGCAGUACCUCAAUGAGAUCAAGGACAGCGUGGUGGCAGGGUUCCAGUGGGCCUCUAAGGAGGGUGUCCUGUGUGAGGAGAACAUGAGGGGGAUACGUUUCGACGUCCAUGAUGUGACGCUGCAUGCGGAUGCCAUCCACAGAGGGGGCGGGCAGAUCAUCCCCACUGCACGCCGAGUCAUCUACGCCUCUCAGCUCACAGCUCAGCCACGACUUAUGGAGCCAGUCUACCUGGUCGAGAUCCAGUGUCCGGAGCACGUUGUCGGAGGGAUCUACGGUGUGCUGAACAGAAAGAGAGGCAUGGUAUUUGAGGAGUCCCAGGUSGCUGGAACACCCAUCUUCAUCGUGAAGGCUUUCCUUCCAGUCAAUGAAUCAUUUGGUUUCACAGCGGACCUGAGGUCCAACACAGGUGGCCAGGCCUUCCCCCAGUGUGUGUUCGACCACUGGCAGAUCCUGCCCGGGGAUCCCUUCGACGAGACCAGUCGGCCAUGGCAAGUAGUGGCAGACACCCGCAAACGCAAAGGCCUUAAAGAAGGCAUCCCUACCCUGGACAACUUCCUGGAUAAACUGUGAUCAACUGUGAUUGGACUGGAGCUUCCUAGUGCAAUUUAAUGAUCAUAGCACCCUAAUGUGGAAAUGUAAAAAAAUAAAAACAGAACCAAACCACAAUAAUAACAACAAUGCACUGUAUUAUAACAAAAAAAAAGGUAAUAAAAAACGAUGCCCCUUUAUUGUUUUAAGUCUGAGAUCCUGAAAGCAAAUAAAAAAAAUGAGCACCUUG